CCACCAGGUCCACCACUGCUUUCAUCCAAACUCCAGUUGGUUUUUCAAUGAGAUUAGGGUUUUGGGUUUGCUCAUCCAACACCGGUAUUCCCACCACUGCUUUCAUCCAAACUCCAGUUGGUUUUUCAAUGAGAUUAGGGUUUUGGGUUUGCUCAUCCAACACCGGUAUUCAUUCCAGGAGUUGCUGAGCCAAGCUAGGAAUAUGGGUUUGAUCAUCCAAUGGCCGGUGUCACAUUUUUUUUCCAGAAGAAAGCGAGGACCCUCGAACUCAAACUCAUGUUCUCUUGCUUGGCAACUCUAGCUUUUCUGGGAGUAUAAGAAAUGCAUCCAAAGUGUUUGGUGAAAUUCCAAUGUUGAACACUGUCUGCAAAUGCAGAGUCUUUUUGGGUUAUGCAUAGGCUAAGCUUGGGAUAAGUUUUUUGCACCACAUAAUACUAACUCUGCUUGUAUGCAGUGCACAAUCUAUGCCUUUAAUUUGGCUCCAGAAAUUCAGGCCACCCUAAACGGUCAUAAAAGUUAGGUUAUUUUCUGGGUAUUGUUUGAACAAAGUGGCUAUUCUCAUGAUUUGAAACCGUCUUCUCAAGCUUGACAGUCCAGGGUAUUAUGUCUUUAUGUAGAUAUUACUGUAUGAGAUCUAUGCAGAGAGCGACUGGAUAGAGAAGCCUUCAUAUUUGUCGAGUUUUGUUUGCAUCAAGCAAGGAGGAGAGAGAAUUUUCAUUUGGUUUUGUUGACCUUAGCUAGUUCAUUUGGUGGAAACACAUAUUUUAAAGAAAUACUUGGCAAACCCAUGACAUGGAUCAAACAGACGAGGUGCUUCCACAGAUCUCAUCCAUGCAUCAUGUUACCAUGACCUAAGUCACACAACUCUUCUAAAUUGGUGCCGCUUUCACGCUCCACACGUGCUCCCGCUCUCAUGUUCCGGGCGUGCUCUUGCUCCUGUCCGCACUAUGUGUGACUAAAAUGUUGUCACUUUCACGCUCCGCUCUCGCAUCAGCUCUGUGCAACUUAGGCUAUGACCAGAAGAGUGGAAGCAUCUUGUGUUUAUUUAUUUUUGGCAAGUCUCCUGACUGGACUCGACGUUUUCUGUCCUCGCACAUAUGACCUCAUUUGUUAGUCUUAAGGAUAUCAUCUUGUUGGGCUCAAUGUGAUAGAUGACAUGUUCCUAAAGGCUCACUUUGCGAUUUAAGUAGAAGAAACCCAGAAGAAAUAGUUUGUAGUUCCAAUAAAAUACUUUGAAGGAAUAGUCACUCAAAUACUGAGUCAGGCUGAUGAAGACUUUGGUUCAAUCGAGUGGAUGAUCUAAGAAAAAUUAAUCCAUUAUUACUUGAAUGACUCACAGAAAAGAAGCAAACACAUUUGAACUGGGCUUCAUGAGGAUUUUGAAUCUCUAGCAGGACAUAUUUCAAGUGGGCUUCAUAAGGAUAUUCCUGGCCUGUUGGUGUCAGAGUACUUUUGAUAAUUGAUACACUAGAUUUUCCGUUUGUAUUUUAUUUUUUCCUUUAUCGUCCUUAAUUCAUUAUUUUUCCGUGUUUGUUGGAUUUCAACGUGUCAACUAUUACUCCAUGGUUCUGAGAUUUGGCAUGCUUACAUAUGUUAUCAGUUCAAUUUAAUUUUCAUGUCCAAUACCCUGAUUAUAUGCCCAAAGUUUGGAUGAGAUACAUGUGCUAACAUUAGUCUCUUUUAGGCGGAAAAGAUUUUAGUAAUUUUUCUUGCCAUGUUGUUUCUAGUCUUUUGAAGAGCCACUUGAUUAUCUCUUAUCAAGAGAAAGCAAUAAAGCCGAAAAAAGGUCACUUGAAAAGAUUUGGUGAGCUGAAACAAGUUUUAAAGUUCAUUGCCCCUGUACAGAGAUGAUUAAUUGGAAAUUUUUUGGAAAUGGGAACAUCAUACAUGAACUCCUGCAGUUCUUAUAGUCAAAACCUGAUACCUUAAAAUACAUAGGCUCUCAGUGUAUUAAAUCAGAAAACUUGAGAAAUUUGCCAUACAAUACUGAAUGACCCAUAAGUAUCUCAAAGAGGUUCCUUGGGAGCAUUUGUUUCGUUUCAAGCCAAUGCAGCUACUAAAUUGCUGUCUGAAGAUAUAGGGCUUCCUGCACUCAAAUUUUCAUCUUCCUAUUGGUUUUUUUAGUAGUUGUUAUUGAUACGAUCUCUCUCAAAUAGUAAUAGAUUCUUGUUUGGUCUCAAUGCCCUCUACACUGCUAUUUUAUAUUAAAUAUGGCUAGUAUUCUGAUAAUUUUGGAUCAAAUAUUCAUGAAAGUACAACAUUAUCUGCCUUGCUGGUCUAAGGAUUAUAUAGUCAAUCUAUUAUCCCUCUGAAUUAAGAGCCAAGCUUAUGGGGCCUCACUUUUUUAAUUUUUUUUUCAGUUUUAUGUGUCAAGUAACAUUGUCACGUGAGCAAGUAACUUGUCUGAUCUCAUAUUUAUUGUGUCAUGACACAUGUAAUACUGUUUAUAUUUGAUCCAAUUGGUCCAUUGGAUAUAUGUUAUAAUCAGUAGGCCAUGAAGAUAUACUUUCCACUGGACCUCCAUUGUUUGUUCUGUUAUAGUGGUCUGGCUAACAAGUUAUCUGAUAUGUACUACAGCACGGAAAUAUCACAUUCUUAGUAUUUGUGUUGGGAGGCAUAACCAUGUGAUUCCUAAUUGGAUAAGUAUUUUGUUGACCACACUGUUUUAGUCUUCACCACUCAUUCAAUAUGAGAAUGCUGGCCAUAGAGCAUCUGCUCUAAGGGUCCUGUGUAGGUUGUUGCAAGCUGUGGUAGGGCAUGAUGUUUUAUAAAAAAAAGUACAUUUUACUCUCUCACCGAAUUCUUGAUGGUGAGUUGGAAGACAAAACCAUGUGAUCCUUCAUCUGUAACAACACAACCUAAAUAUUUCUUGACCACUCAUUCUACAUUUCAAAGGAUUUCUUACAUGCCCUUUUACCUAUAUAUACACACACAUAUUAGUUAGUCUACAACCAACACAACUCUUUAUCAUUUUUCACUCUCAAAGCAUUCAUUUGUUUUGCAAACUCUUUGUGAUCUUUGUCUCUUUUCUUGUUCAUACAACAUAAUGGGUUUCCGCAUGCCUCGUAUUAUUAAUGCUAAGCAAAUUCUCCGCAUGCCUUUUCUGGCAGCAGACCAAGCAACUUCAACAGCUCUAAAUUUCCCGAAAGGCUAUUUUGCAGUUUAUGUUGGAGAGAGUGAAAAGAAACGAUUCGUGGUUCCCAUAUCAUACUUGAACCAGCCUUCAUUUCAGGACUUGUUAAGUCAAGCUGAGGAAGAAUUUGGUUUUGACCAUCCAAUGGGUGGUCUCACAAUUCCCUACAAAGAGGACAUCUUCAUUGAUAUCACUUCUCAGUUGAGCAGAUCAUGAGACAAUUCUAUGCAUAUAGACACAAUUUUGUAAAGCAGUAGUCAUCAUUUCCAUAUACAAAUUUCAACUUUGUACCUUUUUUAGAUAGGAGAUUGGGGAUGGAAGAAAAUGUCCCCAUGUUUCAAAAUAUUAUAUAGUAUAUAUCGUGUUGUUCUCAGACAAUUUCAAAAGCAAAUAUGUUAUUUCAUUGAAA